ACGCACCCCUCUUCUCAUCGCUCUAGCAUCUUCCUUCUCUCUCUCUCUCUCUCUGGUCAAUAGCCAAGAGUAUGAAUACGGACACGCAACCCGGAACGCCGUCGUAUUGGUGCUACAGCUGCACCCGUUUCGUUCAUCUCACCGGCCACGACAACAUCCUGUGUCCCAACUGCGAAAGUGGCUUCGUCGAAGAGAUCCGCGCCGACCCGUCACCGCGCCACCGUCUCAGCCCCUUUCCCGACGACGACCCUCUAUCCCUCCGGAGGCAAGGCUUUCGCCGGAGACGCCGCGACGCCGGCAACCGCUCCCCUUUUAACCCUGUCAUCGUUCUUCGUGGCCCCGGAGAUGCCGCCGUCGAUCGCGACGGAGCCAGCACGUUUGAGCUCUACUACGACGACGGCGACGGCUCCGGCCUCCGCCCCCUGCCGCCGACCAUGUCCGAGUUCCUCCUCGGCUCCGGCUUCGACCGCUUGCUGGAGCAGUUCGCGCAGAUCGAGAUGAACGGCUUUGGCCGGCCGGAGAAUCCCCCGGCGUCGAAGGCGGCGAUUGAGUCGAUGCCGACGGUCGAGAUCGGAGAGGCGCAGGUGGGAACCGAUGCGCACUGCGCCGUUUGCAAAGAGGCGUUUGAGCUACACGCGGAGGCGCGUGAGUUGCCGUGCAAGCAUAUCUAUCACUCCGAUUGCAUUCUUCCAUGGCUUUCGAUGCGAAACUCGUGUCCUGUGUGUCGCCACGAGCUUCCCUCGGAUCUGGAAAGCAGAGUUUCGGGGCAGAUCGACGAGGAAGCGAUCGGGUUAACUAUUUGGAGGUUGCCCGGUGGGGGAUUCGCUGUGGGUAGAUUUUCCGGCGGCCGAAGAGCCGGCGAGAGCCAUUUUCCGGUGGUGUACACGGAAAUGGAUGGUGGGCUGAACGCAAACGGAGCUCCGAGAAGAAUUUCUCGGUCGGUGAGAAGCAAUAGGGUUAGGGAAAGUCGUGGAUUUGGCAGAUUUUUUCGAAGUUUCUUUUCAUUCUUUGGGAGACUUGGUUCAAGGUCCUCUUCUUCUUCUUCGUCUUUGUCAUCUUAUUCUAGCUCUGAGCACGUUUCAAUGAGCAGAAGCCAUAGCCAAGUGAGUUCAGUGUUCAAUAGAAACUCACGGAGACGUAACAGGACUUGGGUCUUGGAAGAUUGAUCGAUGACAAGCAUGGAAAUUUUGCAAAGAAUACUUUUUUUAUUUUAUUUUUCUCUUUGGGUUAUGGGAUUCAUACUGUAAAUAGCACUAUAGAAGCAAGUGUAGUUUUCCCUCUCUGUGGGAUUCAUGAGGCAAUAGAAGCUAGCUGCGUUAUAUGGUUGUUCUUGAGAUGUGGUCGCUGAAGGGUGCAAAUUUUGGGCUUUGAGAAUUGAUAAAGAUUGUUGUUGUUGUGGGAGUGGAACAAGAACAAGCAUGUGCAUCUGUGCGCUUUCCAGUUGGCACCACUAACUGUAGCACUGGACCUGGCAGACAUUGGGAAACAAGAAUGAUGCUUUGUUCCCCCGUGAACUUAAUUAUUUUUUUUUUUUUUAAUAUAUUUGUUAGAAUUCUUUCAAGAUUAUGUUCUUCGAGAUGCCUCUCUCAACUUGCACCAUAAUGUUUUGACAACAUGCCGAUGAUUAGAUAUUAUGUAAUGCACAUGUCACUUUCCUUUGUAAUUUCUUUUACAUGGGAAAUGCAAUUUGAAUGGACAGCAGCAAAACUAUCGUUCUACUUGGGUAAUCUUAUCUUAUCAAAAAA